ACCCUGAAGGAGCAUCUGGACGAGAGCAGACGCAUCUGAAGGGAUGAGCUCCGGCAUGGCUGGCGCCAACACGGAGCAACCCGCUGGCACAAGGCGGAACAGGACGAGCGAGGCCGGCCCCGCAGCGAGGCGUGCCUCCAGAGCGACAGACACCAACACCGAAGAGCGAGUUGCCGUCUGGGAUGCGGUGGCCGCCUACGUACAGGAGCACCUCCUGGUGCAGAAGGGGGUCUGGAUUCCCACCUUCGGCUCAUUCGACACCAUCUCUAAAGACAUCAGGACUGCGGAUGGGACCGUGACUCUGCGGUGGCCCGUGUUUCAGCUGGCCAGGAACCUCAGAGCCAUGCACCACCUCGGGUCCGACAAGGACUCCCUGCCAGCCCAUAGGGAGGUGGAGACCCUGAAAUACAGCGAGGUGGCUGCCGCUGCCUCUGUGACCUGGCAGAGAGGGAAGACCUGCAUCCAAAGCACCGUGUCCCUCCUCUCCAACUGCCUCAAGAAUGGGGAGAACGUUGCCUUUGUCCUGAAAGACAUAGGAGUGCUCCUCUUUGAAGGCAUGAGCUUUGGAAUUAAAUACUAUUACGACUUCCUUGAGAAGCUCUCCGGGAAGGAGAAAUUCAGAAAAGUUGUUUUCAAGGCCCCCUGGCUGCUGGACACGCUGGUGUCCCGGGUGGCACCGGUGGCCUCCCUGACACACUCUGGCCACCUCGUCGUCUUCCCCAUGUUUCAGAAGCAGGUUGCACCCAAACCACCGCCCAGGAUAUUCCGCAAGGCCUCCGGAGAUCUCCAUGGUGAGGGGAAGCAAAAGAAAGAAGGGGCUUUGCCACCUCUUGUCCAGGGCAAGAAAGUGAGGUUUGCUGAAGUGCCAACGUACAUCAGACGCUUCAGCGUUGCAAGUACUGCUGGACAAAGCUCAAGAAGCAGAAGAAGCUUACAGCAGGAGAGCUUUUCGUCCAGUCCGCUGCCAGCGAUCCUGAGAACGUCUGAAGCCCGCGAGCAGCCGGUGACCUGGCAGCCGCAGGGCCAGGCAGGAAACGAACGCCAAGAACACCUGGGCCAAACAACGGGAAAAAAACAUGUCCGGUUCCGCGGAGAUGAACAAGGAGCGGGAGAGGACCGUGAGGCUGGAGCGGCGGCCAUGUGGAAAGCAAAGGCCUCGCACCCUCAGGUUGCCGGGAGGCAGGUGGCAUCUCGCAUCAAAGACAGGAGAUGUUCAUUAAGAGCUGAGUCCAGCCUGUCCAGGGAUACCAAAGGCCAUGCAUUCCGGCCGCCGUUACUGCAUCGUGACUCUGUGAAACUACUCAGGCAGAGGCAGAUGGCCAAGAAUGACAGGCCGGCGCAGGCAGAACCUCAGGAGAUGGCGGCAUCACCGUCUCACCAUGAGUGCAGCCUGCCUGAGGAGCCCUCCACCUGCAGAUCUGGUUUGCUGCCACCCACACGCAACAGACCAGAGUCUCCCAGGAGUCCGCCUCCAAGGACCACAGCCCCGCGCCGCAGGCCGCCAACACCCUACCCGUUUCUGCCACGUGACUCUGUCAAACUACUCAGGCAGAUGCAGAUGGCCACGAAGGACAGGCCGGCACAGGCAGAACCUCAGGAGACGGCGGCAUCACCGUCUCACCGAUAG